AUGGGAGAAGUUGCAACUACAAACACUCACGUUGGAUUAUUUCUACAGGGUUUGGCCCUCUCACUGAUUUGCAUGACCGAAGCAUCACAUCUACGAGGUGCGCCUGGUGCUAGAGAGCAAGCCAGUCGCCAGAUGCCAGACGCAGAACUGUGGUCUGUGUCUGGGAAAGUCAGAAAGGUGUUGGCUUCGAAAGACAAUCCUCUGGAGUCAGUUCUGUUUCCGCGGAUGUGGGAUGCGAUUACAGACGCAGGAAGGAACAGUGGGAAGUAUAAUGUCAGCGAGAUGUGUUCGGCUGGACUCAGCAUCUACACCAAGUCGCUGGACAAGAUGGAACCUUGGGCCAUUCGCAAAGUUGCUGAAGUGAAUGUCUUUGAUUCAGUGUACGAUGCAACGGGCAAAGAGAGCUCCGGGCUGCUGAUGGGCGACCUGACACAACAGGGCAACUAUGACGAGUGUCUCAACCUGCGGCAGUACCACAGUCUGGAACUCACCCUGGGGGCUCGUAACAUUCCCUACCCUGUCCGACUGCCGAGACCCACCGUAGACUUGUGUGUUCCACACACCUGCUCUGAGACCGAUAUCUACAACAUCAUUUCUCAAUAUAUUCAAAAUGCCACACAUAAAAUGGAUCUGGUGGAAGUUUCAUGUUUCCAGAAGCCGGAUGUACGAGAGAAUCCAGGUGCAUUGGCUGCAAUAGGAAUCCUGUCUGCGCUGCUGAUGCUGAAUGUCAUCGGAACCUGUCUGGACAUCAAGCAGCGUCUCAAGAUGGCCGAUAUUCUCUCGGGCAAUGUCAUGGAAAUCGGCGAGAUGGGCCGCAGGUUCUCUCGCUUCAGUGCCAGCAUCUUUCUGCACCGACGGUCGACUGAUACAAAGACGGAGUGCCAGACCCAGCUUGCUGAGGCAGUGUCAGACAGUCUCAUGAGGAGGCGCUCCAGUCUCGGUGCCAUGUAUCACCAGCGGAGGAAACUCAGCGAUGGAUGGAAGCCGCUGGACCGUGACAGUAUAGUGAUACACAAAGGUGGCAUACAGACCCUUCGGACGAUUUCCAUCGGCGUGGAUGAAAAUAGUCCAACUGAUCAGGAAAACAGCAAUGGUACUGUUCAUUACAUUACAGAAUCUGGAAGUAAGUCUUGGGAUACAGAUAAAAUAAAUGCAGAUGGCCUCCAAAGCGCCGACACGCAAGUAGAUAACAACAACAUUCCGAUGUCAUCUGUAAGAACAGAUGUGGGUGUGUCGCAGUCCGGUCUACCCAUCGAUGUAAGCACAGAGGUCGUAGCAGUGAACGGUCAGCUGCAUGCUGGUGUGAAUGACAUCCACGAUGAGGACAACAGUGGUGAGGUGGAUGGCUGUUCUGAGCCACAGGUCCCAGUACCCAGCCCUACCAGACAAACUGCUCUCCAAAAUCCUUCCACGGAUAAUUUGGUGAACCCGGAGUCACGUGAUUGUGACAACAAACAACUAUCCGACGCCAGUUGUGAUGAAAGACUGAGACUGCGUGUCCUUUGGUCAUUAAAGAAUGAUGAGAUUGUACCCACAAGGGACAUGGUUGACAGCACAGGGCUGCAGGUGUUAAUUAUCCGCUCGUCACGGGUGCAGGGAUGGCGAGGAGGAAGCCUGGCGGGGGAAGUGUUGCUGUGUUUCUCCUUCUUACGGAACCUGCGGCGGCUUCUGUGCGAGGGCAGCGCCGACAUGUUGUUCACACUGAACGGAGUCCGGGUCAUGAGCAUCUUCUGGAUCGUGCUGGGCAACACCAUCAGCCUGCUCAACAAGACGUCCUCCGUCAUGGCAAACAAUGUGGACACCGUGAAGAUCGCGCAGUCGUUUUGGAUGCAGGCCAUCAUAAACAGUACCUUCGCUGCCGACUCUUUCUUCGUGCUUAGCGGUUGUCUCGUGGCCUACCAUUUCCUGCACUCCAAAACACACAAACUGCUGAAGACCAACGGGAAACGAGUAUUCAGCCUCCGGGGACUUGUCUUAUUCUACUUCCACAGACUGAUGAGGCUCCUGCCCUGCUUCUACGUGGCUAUAGUCCUGUACACCGUCCUGCUGCCCUACAUGGGCCAGGGCCCGCGGUGGAAGGGGACCGACAAAGGUCUGCAGCAGUGUCAGGACCAUUGGUGGGCCAAUGCUUUCUUCUUCUCCAACUUCUACAAGGCUGAUGACAUGUGCAUGCCAUGGACGUAUUACCUGGUCAACGACUUUCAGUUUUAUCUACUGUCACCGCUGGUCCUCUACCCUUUGCUGUUGAAACCAUUGCUUGGAGGAUUCUUGAUUGUCCUGUUGGUGGCGAUACAGAUCGUGAGCACAUGUCUGCUGAUGAAUAACAUAAAUGGAAACAUGCUCAACAUGGAGGAGGGUUACUUCGACGAAGUCUACGUCAAGCCCUAUUGCCGGGUGGGAGCUUUUGCAGUGGGUAUGGCAUUGGGGUACUUCCUGCACUCCACGGAGCACCGCGUCUACUUCCGGAAGCUGCCACUGUUCCUGGGAUGGACCUUAUCACUAUGCACUAUCGGCACCGUGGUCUAUGUCACACACACCGAGAACCAGCCGGACGGUCAGAGGUGGACACGUCUUCAGUCAGCUGUGUACGAGGCUCUGUCCCGCCCUGCCUGGGCCAUGUCCGUGUCCUGGAUCAUCUUCACUAGCACCGUGGGGCAGGGAGGCUUCAUAAACAGCUUCCUGUCCUGGAGUCCCUUUGUUGCCAUGUGCCGCCUGACCUACGGCGUCUAUCUUCUACAUCCGAUCCUCAUCACGGUGGUCCUCAACUCCAGCAGGUUUCCCAUCUACCUUCACUUCGGCAGCCUGAUUUACAUGUAUGUCGCCAACCUGGUCUGUUCCUAUGGCAUUGGCUUCCUACUGAUUGCACUGGUGGAAUGCCCUUUCACAAAACUGGACAUAUUAAUGCGCGUGAAGUUGAAGAAAAAGUCCACAUGAAAGUGUGUCUUCCACACAGGAGUUUUCCAUGGAGUGACAAUCACAGUCAUCGAGAGACUAGCAGCUUUGAUAAGAGACAUCACCGAUAAAGUCAUCUAAGACUUGCCACCUGCCUUUAUCCAGUUUUCCAAGGAUAUAUUUUCAGUUACAGUUUUAUGACCUGCAAU